UACUAUGACUAAACCAUUACAUUACAUCAAUCAAUUAAGAAUUGGUGAUGUUUAUACACCAACUAUUAGGGAGCAUGUUAACAAGAAAGUUCAAUUUGGUGCAACAAUGUCUGUGGCCAAAACUAGUGUCCAAGUUGCGGUCUCUGAGGGUGUUACUGAAGAAUUAACCGGAGUAUUAGUACAAUUCAUCAUGAAAUAUCGUCGUGAUACUGGGCUAGGCAUAAAGGAAAUAUCCUUACCUCCAAGUAUGUUUUCCACUAAAGUUGUAGAGCAAGAAACAUCACCUCCGAAUAUGGCUUCUGAAGUUGUAGAACUUGCUUCCAACUUAUCACCAGCACUUCCCACAACCACUCAAAUAACACGACAACCUUUGAAUGCUAUUGAGGUGUCCAAUCCAGAAUAUCAUAAGCCGAGAGGACGACCCCCUAAAUGGCUCAAGUCAUCUGUUAAAGAACAUAAUGAACAUCAUACUUCAUCUUCUAAAACCUGCAGUUACUGUUCGGGUAAAGGCCAUAAUAUUCGUGGAUAUUCAAAGUAUAAAUCUGAUCUAGCUGACAAAGAGAAUCAUUAG